AUGCUUCGUGAAACUUUUCUUUCCGUUCUUCUGUUGGUUGUUUGGACAUCGCUUAAAUGUGCUACUAUGGCUGAAGGGCCUACUAUUGUUGGUUAUGGUCGACAUACUCUGGUUGGGAACAAAAUAACUGAGUUUGGCAAUGAUAGCAGGAUCGCAGAAGACAACGAAGACCUCAAAGAUUACAUUGGAACUGAGAAUGCCUGUGAUGUGAAAUUUGAUGAAAAUGGGGAUAUACUGGAUGUGUUGUGGAUCUAA